UUAUUAUCCACUUGUCAAUUUCUUCCCCCACCACCUGAUGACUUAGCAUAAAUGGACACUUUUCUCUAGAGGACAAACCAUAUUGAAGCCAUAGAGAGAUCAUGAGAGGCUUCUCUUCUCUACCAUCUUCUGCUCAGAGGUUACAGGGCAAAGUGGCUUUGAUAACUGGCGGCGCUAGUGGCAUCGGCGAGAGCACCGCCAGGCUGUUUGCCAGGCAUGGCGCUAAGGUUCUAAUUGCAGAUAUCCAAGCUGAAUUGGGCGAUUCAUUAUCCAAACAAAUCAGUUCAGAAUCAGGCCAACAAGUUUCCUACGUCCACUGCGACGUGACAAAAGAAUCUGAGGUUGAAAACGCAGUUAACAAAGCAGUUUCACUCCAUGGAAAGCUAGAUAUAAUGUUCAACAAUGCAGGAAUCACAGGAAAAUAUGAUACAUCCAUAUCAUCAUUUGAAGCUGAAGAAUUCAAGAAAGUUUUUGACAUAAACGUUUACGGAGGAUUCUUGGGAGCCAAACACGCAGCAAGAGUAAUGAUCCCAGAAAAGAAAGGUAGCAUCUUGUUCACUUCAAGUGUUGCUUCAGUAACUUAUGGUGGAGUCCCACAUCCAUAUUCAGCAUCAAAGCACGCCAUUGUUGGUCUCACAAAGAACUUGGCUGUAGAAUUAGGGCAGCAUGGGAUACGAGUGAAUUGCAUUUCACCUUCAGGGAUGCCUACUCCUUUGGUUGCAAGAACCAUGGGAGGGCUGGAUAUGAAGCAAGUGCAGGAAGCACUUUUAGCUGUUGCAAAUUUGAAAGGAGUAAAGGUGGAUUGUAAUGAUGUUGCAGAGGCAGCUUUAUAUCUUGGAAGUGAAGAUUCUAAGUUUGUGAGUGGAUUGAACGUUGUGGUUGAUGGAGGUUACAGCUUGAGAAAUGCAGGUUAUGGCAUAAAUAAGUAAUCUUCAUUAAUAGUUCUGCUAUAUUUCAAGUCCUGAAUAUAGUUGAUUGUAUAAGUAAGCAAAAUAAAAGAAUUUGUAUGUACAACAAAUCCAUAUUAACCGUUGAUUAUGGUGGAAGAUACAUGAGAUCUACGAUGAUCAAUGGCUAUAUAAGAACAAAUUCUUUUAUUGAGGAUUCAUUAGUAAAUAAAAUGUUUAUUUCUAUUAAA